CCACUCCCUCCUCCCAACUAUAAUGCUAGCUAAGAUGGUGGUUUGAGCGUAAAUUGUCUCCACAAUACCAAGAAAAGAAAGGGGCAAAACAUCUUUAUAGCCUUUUAAUUACAACAGAACAACACAACUGCUGGUGUCUUACGUGACCCUCUAUAGAUAUUUUGACAUUUCAGAUACAUUGGCUCGCAGUCCCCGCCCAAUUUAGUGUGACUCCCUUGGAGAGGAAUCCUAAGCUAAAUACGGACAGGCCCUGUGCUCUGUGAUCCGCUUCAGUACUCAGCCUUGCUGCGCCAUAGGAUGUCCCACAGCCCUGAAAUGAAGGACGACCCCAUGGAGUGCCCACUGUGCAUGGAGCCGCUGGAGAUUGAUGACGUCAACUUCUUCCCCUGCACCUGUGGCUACCAGAUCUGCCGCUUCUGUUGGCACCGCAUCCGUACAGAUGAGAACGGCCUCUGCCCCGCAUGCAGAAAGCCUUAUCCAGAGGACCCUGCUGUGUACAAGCCUCUGUCACAGGAGGAGAUCCAAAGGAUAAAGAAUGAAAAGAAGCAGAAACAGAAUGAGAAGAAGCAAAAGGUGACAGAAAACCGCAAGCAUCUGGCCAGUGUCAGAGUGGUCCAGAGAAAUCUGGUGUUUGUGGUGGGGCUCUCGCAGCGACUCGCUGACCCAGAGGUCCUAAAACGGCCGGAGUAUUUUGGGAGGUUUGGGAAAAUCCAUAAAGUGGUCAUCAACAAUAGCACAUCUUACGCAGGUUCACAGGGGCCUAGUGCCAGCGCUUAUGUUACUUACAUCCGCUCUGAAGAUGCUCUAAGAGCAAUACAGUGUGUGAACAAUGUGGUUGUUGAUGGCAGAACACUCAAGGCUUCUUUAGGCACAACAAAAUACUGCAGUUACUUCCUCAAAAGUAUGCAGUGUCCCAAACCUGAUUGUAUGUACCUACAUGAGUUGGGGGAUGAAGCAGCUAGCUUUACUAAAGAGGAGAUGCAGGCAGGAAAACAUCAAGAGUAUGAGCAAAAACUCCUCCAAGACCUCUAUAAAAUUAACCCUAGCUUUCUACAACCUCCAGCUUGUGGAACAGAAAAGUCAAAGAGUAAAGCUAACUCCACACAGAGAACCAACAGUAGCAAUGGUAAAGAUGGGUGGCCGACGCUGUCAGGGCAUAACAAACUGUCCAACGGGCUUUCAGAAGACCGCAAGUCCCCUCCACUGCUAGACUAUCUAGACCAAGAAGCUAUUACUUCAGAUGGGCUAGAAACAGAGCUAGGUCCAGGCCAGCGUACUGCCUUGUCCCCCUUCUCCUCUAACUGUGACAGUAACAGUCCCAGUGACAAACCUCCAGAGUCUAUCGGCAUGGUAAAUGGCGAGACUUUACAACAGAUACCCACAAGUGACUCGCCCUCCCCUCCCCCGGGUUUAACUAAGCCCAGCCUGGUAGUGCCCAUCAGCAUGUCAGACAUCACAGCCCGUUCGCCCUUUGAGGGUGCUGCAGCUGAGUCCCAGUCACUCUUUUCAGACAACAGUAACUUCAGACAUCCAAACCCCCUCCCUGCUGGUCUGCCACCCUUCCCCAGCUCCCCUCGCGGCAGUUCCGACUGGCCUAUGACCCCUGAACCACAGAGCCUCUUCACAUCAGACACAAUACCAGUGUCGUCCUCCACAGACUGGCAGGCGGCCUUUGGCUUUGGCUCGUCCAGCAAACAGCAGGAUGACGACCUAGGCUUUGAUCCCUUCGAUGUGACUCGCAAGGCUUUGGCCGACCUGAUAGAGAAGGAGUUGUCAGUACAGGAUCAGAGCCCUUCAUCCCCAGGGCCCCUCACCCAGGGGAGCAACCAUGGACCCAGCCUGCCACCCUCCAACCCUAACCCCAGCGCUUCCCAUCACUUCCCCAGUGGCCUCCCACGUGUCCCACAGCACCACAGAACCAUCUACAGCUCCUUCAGUUUCCCCAGCACUCACAACAGCCAGGCCAGUCAGCAGCAGCCAGCUGCCAGACACCCCUGGUUGGGCGUGCCCACACGGAAUAACCUCACACACUUGAACCACUCAGCCAGUGCUGCCUCACACAGUAAUUUUCUGGACCUGAAUCUGCCGCCUCAGCACAACACAGGGCUGGGAGGGAUCCCCAUCUCAGAAAACAGCAGCUCUAUAGACGGCUUAAAUGUGAAAGAGUGGCAGGAUGGUCUCAGGGCUCUUCUGCCCAACAUCAAUAUCAACUUUGGGGGCCUCCCAAAUUCCUCGUCCUCUUCCUCCUCCUCAUCCUCCAACAGUGUUAACCACAUUGGUGGGCCAGCUGGACCUGCAGGCAUGUCGCACAGCCUGAGCUGGGACGGCACAGGCAGUUGGAUGGACCCCGCUAUUAUUACAGGCAUCCCAGCCUCAGCCGGCAACAGUUUAGACUGCCUCCAGGACGAUAACCCACCACACUGGCUUAAAUCCCUGCAGGCGCUCACAGAGAUGGACGGCCCCGCCAGCUCAGCGAUGCCCACUCCCCAGCCCCUCCACAGCAGCCUCCUCGAUGCCCACAUCCCUCUUCACCACAGAGCCGCCGCCGGCUGGGCUCCCUACCUUCCCCCUCCCACAGCCAAUCCCGCCAGUCAGUUCCACUCCCCUCCCCCAGGCUUCCAGACCGCCUUCAGACCCCCAGGACAGCCCUCCACAGAGCUGCUACAGAGUGCCGCUGUGGACCGCCACUGAACACAGACUACAGCAGACACCCAUCCAUUGCCCCACUACCACUUUAUACCCACUCAUCUUGUACCCUCCCCCUCCCCCUCCCAAUGCAAUACACACCAAUCUGCAGAGUAUGAAAAAUUAACAAAGUAACAAACAUGCUUUCAUCUUUUUUCUCUUCAUCCUUCCUUUUUGUCCACUCUGAAGGCAUUUUAUUUUGUUUUUGUUUGUGGCACACAAGUUAUCAGUACCUUUUUGUCUGCUGCCAUCACCACUCCUUAGGCCUAGUUCUGGGUGUAACAUGGGAUUCAUUAUGUAGCUUACUGUUAACGGAGAGCACAAGAAUCAAUAUAGGAUCGAGCACCCAGUGGUGACAUGAGAGUUAACUCCACAAACUGGCAAAUAAACAAAUUAGCUGAUGUGAGGUCUUUUUAUUUUAAAAGUAACUAAUGAUUAAGCAUGAACAGCAUUUGUGUUUUUGAAAGUUGAAGUCUUGAUUAGUUUUCGAGGAAUGAACCAAGCUGUGAAUCUGCUCUUUGAAGCUUUGCCCCAAAGACCCUCAUCCUCCCCAGUUUAACAGGAGUCUGUGAAACGGUUAAUUCUUACAGUUGUGUCGAGAAUAAGGAGAGAUGAUAGAGGGAAGCCCUUUUCAGACAUGGGAUUCGUGACAUCACCUCGUUCAAAGGGAGUUGUCAUUCUGACUUGAGUCACUUUUAUAUUUAUGUUUAUUCAGAUAAAUAAGGGAAGGGAGACAAAAAAGAAAAGACUGGCUGCUUUGGUGGCAAAAAAUAUUCUCAGCAUCUCCUACCGUACCCUGCUUCUUACACACAGGCAUCGUGACAGAUCUGUCUUUGGAAAUAGGCAAAUCACAUCAAAGAGGAUUGUAGUAAUCACAUUGUGAACGAGAAAAGGAGUCGAUUAGAUAAAAUAUCAUUGUGUACAUGUAAUUGCUGUUUAGAGACGCCUCCUAGUGAAUCAUCAUCCUGUGCGUGCCUAUCCGCCAACAUGCCUGUGUGCAAUCAAACUUCAAAUUGAUUUGUAAAUGCCGUCAGGUCUAGCCGUACAAGACGGUGAUUGAAAUACAGAAAAAGUGACCAUCUAGACGUUUAGCUGAUGUGUAAGAUUAACAAAAAGAAGCGCAUGUCUGAAGGGGGCUGGAGAGAAGAGGGGUUGGUCUUAGCUUUUUGUUGAGUGGGUUUAAAAAUGAAUAAAUAAAACGAAACCUCAAAAACAAAAAAAGCUGAGAAUUGGUUAGUAAAGGUCAAGAUGCAGAUGAGACAGGGGAGUUGAGGGCACAGGCUAUGCAUGGGCUCCCUGUUAGGUAAGGACACAAAUGGCCUGCUUUGAGAGGCCACUUGGCUCACAUUCUCUUUAGUCGAGGGGAACUCCCAUUGGCCCCGUCCUGCUGGAGGGAAAAUUUUGCUGAACCUCUGUAUCAGAGGAUAGAGCAUCGCCUAACCGCAGGGAGCCAGGGCUUUGGGAGAUCGUGGCACACAUCCUGAGCACUAGGGUUAGACUCACAGUGCCACUGUGUGGUACCUACAAUAGCUAGCCCUAACAUGGACAGCCACCACUUAGUAAGGACAAUGACUAGAUGGAUGAGGAUAUGUCGAAUACUAACGAGGGUAAUAAAGGGGUUAACAGGUCCCUUUGUUUGACCCACGAGGGCUUAAACGAGGCCUUAAAAUGGACAGAUGAGAGAGAGAGAGGAGCUUUAGCGAUAGGAAGGAGAGCAUCAGGACUGCUGAAAAAUAUGCAAUAUUGUACAUGACUUUGACAACUGUAUUUGAUCAUGUGUCACAAAGGAAGGUGCCGCAAGACAAUACCAAGUACUGUAGUAGUGAUUUAAGGAGCCUUUAGGAUUUGAAAUCAACCUCUCUGACCACCACCUUUUUUUCUUUUUGAAGUCUUAAUUCUGAUCUGUGUUCGCUCUCUCUACCGCUCUCUUCUCUCUCGAUCUUGCUCUGUCUCUCUGAUCCCCAUCCUCCCCCCCUGCUGUUCUCUAUUUAACAGUAUUCACAAAAUGAACAAAGUCAUCCAGGAGAAACCAACACAGAGUCAUACAAUGGGUUUUAACAUGAUGUUGCAAGGAAAAAAUAAACAAAACGACAAAUUUGAGGCGCUUAAAGGAAGUGAACUGUCCUCUGCAGGUCUGGAAAAAUGAACCUUAAAUAAAACUAAAAACUCUGA